AAGUGCACUUCCUGUUUACCGCCUGUUGUACCUUGAGACAGCAGCACUCCGAUUGCAACACAGCUCUGCUCGGCCGGGUUUAGAUCCACAGCAGGAGACACGGUGCCGAGGCCCUGCAGCCACAGGCUCCACCACUGGGCCACUUUAUCAUCCCUGUCUUGUUACCGUCGCGAUAACCGAGGAGACAUGAAGACGUGACAUUGAGGAAACGUGAGCAGGCCGGGAAGGAUCCUGCGGCUUUCCUGACUCCAACCGACCGGACUCCACUCACAGCCAGGCGCUUUUGUUCACGGUUCCUCUGCUUUUUUGCGAAAACAGCAGCGGCGAUGUGGGAGCGGACUCCUCACAUCUGAAAAUUGUCUUCGAGAAGUGUACGGCGUGUUUAUGUUUUAGGUUUAUCGCCCGGGAAAGCGAAUACGGCUCCGGAGCCGAGCUAGCUAGCUAGCCGCUUAGCCAGUCGUGCUAGCUCCGGUAGCGUUAGCCGUCGCUCGUCGGCGGGGCAGGCCGGCUGUGCAGGCUGGCUAACGGCUUGUGUCUGGACGGUGUCGCGGCCCGCCGGUGCCCUGAAUUCGGGAAGACUCCCCGGCUCUGGCCCCCUCAAGCGGGCAGUCAGGAAGAAGCUGGCAGGGAAGGGAUGGCCUGGUCGGUCCUCCCGUUCCCAAGGACAAGGCGCAGCGGUGUUUGAAGGAGGGCGAGUCCGGAUAGAGCCCACCGCCGCCGGGCGAGGCGCUAUGAUGGCCGCUUCCCCCUCCGCGGCCGCCAGCCUCACGGCCUCCGGUCUGCCGAUCAGAAAGAGCGAGGAAAUAGCGGAUUUGAUAGAUUUGUUUUCCAAGACUCAGUACAGAGCAAAAGAAGUCACUCCUCGAGUGGAAGCAAUAGAGAAGCGCUGCCUAGAGCUGUUUGGCAGAGAUUACAAGUACAGCGUCAUCCACAACACCAACGGAGAAGUGUGCGGCCAUUACCCCCGACAAAUAGUCUACCUGGAGUAUGAGUGCACAGAGGUCCAGAAAGACAGGUUUGAGAGCACAGUGCAGAUCAGUAAGUUGCAGGACUUGGUCAACAGGAGUAAGCUGGCUCGCUGCAGAGGGAGGUUCGUCUGUCCUGUCAUCCUCUACAAUGGCAAGCACAUUUGCCGGUCGUCCACUCUGGCUGGCUGGGGGGAGCUGUAUGGACGCACAGGCUACAACUAUAUUUUCUCAGGGGGUAGCGAUGAUACGUGGACGGAGUCAGAGGAAGUUCCAGAGGACGACAGCGCCGUCAGGAACGGGGACUCCCAGCUCUUUGACAAGGUUCGAGGUCACGACAUUAAGCUGCUGCGUUACCUCUCGGUUCGCUACAUCUGUGACCUGAUGGUGGAGAACAAGAAGGUUAAGUUUGGCCUAAAUGUAACGUCCUCUGAGAAGGUGGACAAGGCCCAACGCUAUGCAGACUUCACCCUGCUCUCUGUGCCUUACCCAGGAUGUGAGUUCUUUAAGGACUACAAAGACAGAGACUACACGGCCGAGGGACUGGUGUUCAAUUGGAAUCAGGACUAUGUGGACGCUCCUUUGACAAUCCCUGUGUGCUUUACCAACAACUUGAACAUUGACUGGAGUGAAUACCAGUCGUGGGACCUGGUGGAGCAAACACAGAACUACCUGAAGCUGCUGCUGCACAUCAUCAACAGUGAUGAUGAGAGCGGCCUCUUGGUGCACUGCAUAUCAGGCUGGGACCGAACGCCUCUCUUCGUGUCCCUCCUCAGGCUCUCCCUGUGGGCAGACGGCGCAGUGCACGCCAGCCUGGAGCCGGCCGAAAUCCUGUAUCUGACCAUCGCUUACGACUGGUUCCUCUUCGGUCACAUGCUGCCAGAUCGACUCUCCAAAGGGGAGGAGAUUUUCUUUUUUUGCUUCAAUUUUUUGAAGCACAUCGUCUCAGAGAAGUUCUCUGCCAUUAGGAAACAGAGAAGGAAGAACUCCCACUUCAAAGACAGUGAUUUCACUGUGGAGGACCUCUGCCAGUUGAAGUCGAGGGAUCGCGGCAGUGUGACGAGCCUAAGCAGCGAUUUUUCCCUUAUCACGGAGGAGGUGGGCGGAGCCUCCAGCCUCACCAAUGACACCGUGGACCCGUUCUCCAGCCAACUCCAGGCCUCCAGCUGGAGGAAAAACACCACCUCCUCUCCUCAGAUGGUGGUGUGGAGUAAACCCCCUCCUCUGGACGAGCACCUCUCCCACCCGCUCAGCGAGGCCCGCUCCUCCAGCUCCUCCUCCUCCAACCAAUCAGAACACAGCGUCACACGCACCGGCAGCAGCCCACUGGCCGUCCCUGGCAGAAGGUUAGCGUCAGACUACACUCGGUCAGGCUCCUCCCUCUCUACAGAGUACGGUAGCUGGCAGAUAGUUUCCGGUUGCGGCAGCAUCCACGACCACGCCCACUUCCCCCCGCCCGUGGCCUCCUCCGCCUCCUCUUCCACUGUUGCCGCCGCCUACGACUCCCCCCUCCCCUUCAGCUUCCAGGACGAAGGGCCCAGCGGACGGAUGUGUCCCUUCCCGUCGGAGCGGCAGGCCCGUCUGGAGGCGGUGCGGGAAGUCUUCCUGGCCGCCUACAGCUCCACCGUGGGCCUCAAGUCGUCGGCGCCCAGCCCCUCCGGUGCCAUCUCCGGCCUGCUGGAGCAGUUUGCCCGCGGCGUCGGCCUCCGGGGGACCAACACCAUCGUCUGAACCCCCUCGACUCCGACCUGCUUCCCUCCAUCCAUCCUCGACCCUGCUGGAUCGACCCAGCCCGGGACGAUCCACCGCAUCUGGACUGAAUACAAUAAAGUGCCAAACUUCUCAAAUCUAUCCUGGGGCAGAAGCAUUAAGUUUUAUUUUAUUUUAUUUUAUUUGUUCUGUUUUGUUUUGUGUUACAACUUUGAAGCCCUGGAUUUUUUUUUUCCCCUGUCUGUGCCGUCCCAACUUUGUCUUUUGACUUUUAUUUUCCAUGUCCAGUGUUGUGAAUGUUUGUCAGAUUCAGGGAGCGGUUUCUCAUGGUGGUAAAGGAUUUCAGCCACAGUAUCAAAAAGGGAUAGCUGGUUAGUUCUCCAGUUUGUCAAAAUGUACGCGGUGUAGGCCGUAGGAUCUGCCGUAAGACAGAGUUUUGCCUUUUAUAGGCACGGUAUAAAGAAUUCUUCCAUGUUCUCUUCCUCAGUAUGUGUUCAUAAUUUUAAAUUUCUUUUCUUUUUCUCUGGGAGUCACUGCAAUGACCGUCCUAAGUAGGGCUAUAUAUCCCGUAGUCCUGAGGCUAUAUAUUUGUACUUACCUUGUUUUUGUGCUGCUAUUCUUUGCUGAUUCGAGCAGAAGAAGAGUGAUCUCUACUUCUGGUGGAAGCUGAAGUCGAGAUAAACACGGCACUUAAUGUGUUCUGACAGAAACGAUGCCAAGCUUAUUCCUGUUUUUCUUCUCCUAAUUUGGCACUGACGAUUGAAAUCAGGAUCUCUGAUCUGUUUUUUUUUGUAGCUUAAUUUUAGCAAUAUGAUUUACACCCUCAGGUGGAGAGGGGGAGGCUUUUAGAUUAAAUUAGAUGCCACCUGAGUUUUAGCUGAUUUGGCGAAGUUUUAAAAGCCUGAAGAGUCUUCUCAGUACAGUUUUAUCUCCACCGUUUGGUUUUGUCACGAGAGCAUUUUGGGGAGGGGGAGGGACUCGUCUGUUCCUCUGAUUUACCUCACAUCGCACAUCAACGUUUCCCACGUUUCAGCCCAGGAGCUGAAGUCCCGUGUGCAGAAUAUCCAGAGCCCACCACCUCCGAUGCCAGUCUCAUGUUUCUCCACUCUGUAGCCAGUCAUCUUUUCCCCGAUCAGUAGCAUUGACACGGUAGCACAACAGGCAUUGAGCAUUGUGGUAGCUGCAGACGAGUUUAUAUUUCUGUGACACAAAGGCCUUUUCAGUGUUCUUCCUUGCUGCAGUUAAAGCCGGCGACCCGGGCUCCUGGCGGUGCAGUGAUUUCCGCCCACACGUUCUUCAACAGCGCGCUCUCUUUCAGGUUACACUGAAAGGACAUUGCUACUUGGGCUGCACUGGGGUAGUAAUCAUGUUUUUUGAGAUUUCUCCUACAUCAGAUCAUCAUUAUUAUUAUUAUUAUUAUUAUUAUUGUUAAAGCUGGCUUCAUGGUGUUGCCAAACGGUUUUGACAGCUGCUUUACCUCAGGACCUUUUGUUGUGCCUUUUUAUCUUCAGUAACGUCAGAACAGAUCUCCAUGUUUCUGGUCCAGUUUCUGUUUCUUAAAUGGUUUUGGGAGCUCGGUGGUUUACAGCUGAUUCGUCAUGAAGUCUAGAUCGUAGACUGCAGCAUUAGCAUCGCAAUUAGAUAUUUCAUAGUGGUUAGAUUAACUUUCACAGCGGUUUCUCCUUUAUCAAUCACUGUAUUGCAUUAUGAUCGUCCUGUCUCAGACAUGGCAGUUGAGUGUUUUGGACAGACGCCCUUUACAAGCCUGAUGAGGCAGGGAUUUCAGUCAUCAGUCGACCUCCACGUCUGGAUCAGUGAGGCCCGGUUACACUCCUGAAAGAGACAGAAGUACAAUUUCAUGUUUGCCUUUUGAGACAACUCUAAUUGAUGAGAUUUUGUGGUUUAACUCGCAGAAUCAGACUUUGAGUCUCAACUUCGGCCUUCUGUCUUUGGAGCCAGGUGCUAGAUUUUCACCCAAGUUCUGCUUUUCUUUAUUCCACGAAAAUACUUAAGUUAGAGCCGUUUUGAAACCACACAAAGACCAUUUUUGGCCAGAGGAAGUGGUUCCUUCUCCUGAGCGAGGUGUGACCCCCCAAAAAAGGCAGAUUGAUGGUCUAUUCGACAUCACGUGCACCUAAUGGCUUUGCUGAACUUGCUAAAUGUCUAAAUGCCCCAGUUUGCUGAAGCGGCGGAGUUGAGGUUGAAUUUUAAGUCUAGUUUGGUAAAAAAGUAUUUAAUUUCUGACUGCAGAUAUCGGUUCUUUGCCUGGAAUUUUAAAACGUUUUUUUUUUUUUUUUUUUUUUUUUUAAAUUUUGAACCUGUCACCUGUCAAAAUCGAAAGCAAAUCUAUCCACAGCUCCAGUGUGAGCAAUCUGUCCAGCUUUACUUGAGACGAGACAGACAUAUUUGUCUACCAACUCUGUCAUUUCUGCAAAAGGCAUGUCUUUAACUUCCUGUCAUGGUUUAAGCUCCUUUUUUAUUGUUUGAUAUGUUUUUUUUUUCACAAGGUAAAUAGAGCUGGUGUCAAAAUGAGAGAUAUCUUCACUGGACAUGAUUCCUAAUCCGGUCUAAGUUUCUUAUUAUUGGUUCAUUUUUUGCUUCAGCAGGAUUUAUACUGUCUGUCUGUUGCAGAUAAGCAGCACAUCACAGGACACGAGUGUUGCACAGGAAAUAUUUAAAAAAAAAAUGGACAUCUCACUAAAAACACUUAAUCCUCCGAUAUUUUCAAAUCUUUAAUGUAAUUUUCCCACUCGGUAUUUUUCACCUGCUGUGGUUUUGCAUGACAUUUUCCCAGUUUAUCUGAAUCCUGACUUAAUUUGUUUGAUUCGUUUUGCAAUACUUUGAUUUCAGACUGAUUUUUUUUUUUUUCCUUUUUGAUUUCACUGAAAUGCUGCAUUGCACUCAUUGUCCUUAUUUUCUGUGUAAAGAGGUUGAGUUUUUUUUUUUUUUUUUCUUUGUACAGUCGAUGGAUUUUUAAGUAAUUUUAUCAUUUUGUUAUAAAAUUGUUCUUAAUUGUUGGCAGAGAUGAUAGGCUACAUUGAAAGGUGACCUGAGCAGCAGGUGGCAGUUACAAAUAAAGAAGAAUAAUGACAACACA